GCGAACACCGGUGCCGGGGCUUCCUUUAGAGCAGUUGGGUAGGCGAGUCCCGGGCUCCGGGAUAGGCUCCUAGAGGCGUCUACUCUGCGAACGGUCACAAAGCAGCAGGGCUUGGUGGUUGGAUUGUCUGCUCUUCCCUUUGUGCCUUGCCACUCUUGGGCUAGUCCCUAAGAUCCAGGGAUCUGCAGAAGGCACCUGAACCGCGGCGCGAGAAUGGGAAACAGUGCCCUCCGCGCCCAUGUAGAAACCGCUCAGAAAACUGGUGUCUUUCAGCUAAAGGACCGUGGACUGACCGAGUUUCCCUCAGAGUUGCAGAAGCUGACGAGCAAUCUCAGGACCAUCGACUUGUCCAGCAACAAGAUCGAGAGCCUACCGCCUAUGAUUAUAGGGAAGUUCACGCUGCUGAAGAGCCUCUCCUUGAACAACAACAAACUGACUGUUCUUCCUGAUGAAUUAUGCAAUCUGAAAAAACUAGAGACGCUAAGCUUAAACAACAAUCACUUGAGAGAGCUGCCAUCUACCUUUGGGCAACUCUCUGCCCUCAAGACCCUGAGCCUCUCUGGGAACCAACUGGGAGCCCUACCACCCCAACUUUGUAGCCUACGGCACCUGGAUGUGGUGGAUCUCUCAAAAAACCAGAUUCGGAGCAUACCCGACAUAGUGGGGGACCUGCAGAUCAUCGAACUCAAUCUCAACCAGAACCAGAUAUCUCAGAUUUCGGUAAAGAUAUCUUGCUGUCCUCGCCUGAAAGUUCUUCGCCUGGAAGAGAAUUGCCUUGAGCUCAGUAUGCUUCCACAGAGUAUCCUCAGUGAUUCCCAGAUCUGUCUGCUAGCUGUGGAAGGCAACCUCUUUGAAAUAAAGAAACUUCGAGAACUAGAAGGCUAUGAUAAGUACAUGGAGAGGUUUACUGCCACCAAGAAGAAGUUUGCAUGAUGUUCUCCAGAAGCAUGGCAACCUUACAAGACACUAACCUGGACCUAUUGCAAUCUGACUGAAUCACUCGUUCCUGUUGCUGUCAAGAGCAUCUGCAGUUAAGAUGACACCCAGGAGAUUACCUAUUUCAGACAGGAAGAGUCCUUCAUUUUGAGUCAUGGAUAGGGUAAUGGACAGUGUUGAUCUUCAAAGUCAUCAUUAGUUUGACUUUAGGAAACCAGUAGCUAGUUGCUAUUUAUAGAGGGAAUGCUGCCUGAUAGCAGAAUAGCUCCACGAUAGCUUGAAAUUUCAUGGUUUCAGCAUGUGAGCUUUCAUAAAGUCAGCUGCCAUUCCACCUCUGUUAACAUUUCAUAUUUUUAUGAAAUUUAAAUUUCUGAGAGGCUGCUAUGAUUAAUCUAAGUAUUUAUGAUUUUAUUCUAGUCCAUCCGUUCAAUGGCAGUUUUUAUUUCAAAGUUAGGAUGUAUAUAAAUGUGACUGUCUUGAUUAAAAGUGUAUGUUGUCAGAGAAGCACCAACACAACAAUAAGAAAUGUUCCCCAAGGCUGCAGUAGCAAAUUCUUAACUAUUGCAGGUGCCUUAUUGGUAGAGGGCUCAGAAGAGCUAAAACCGUAUAUGCAAAACUUGUAAGAUACAAGACUUUUUAAUAAUCAAGAUUUUCCUGAAGCUGCAUUAGAAAUAAUGUCUUCUUUCUGGUAAUAGUUUUCCUUUUUUGUAUUUAUAAUUACUAAUCAAAUUACCUAUCAAAAAACUAUGUUUAUCAAGUUUAUUCUGAGUGGGAGAACAUACUAAAUAAAGUAUUUUUAAUGAAAUCUGGCUGGAAGAAAGGUUAAUCCUUUAAAGAAGAGGAUAGGAGAAUAUUAGCAUGCAAAUGGCCUCAUUUGAAAGUAAACUGAUUAAGAAGAAAUAUCUCAUGUUCUUGUUCAGGGUAAGUAGGGAAAUAUCUUCAAAUAACUGAUAAGUUUUUUGUAGUACUGGAACCACGCCUAUUAAGAGAAACUGAAGGUACAAAGAUAGAUGAUUUCAGAUCGUAAUUGACAUUUAGAAAGCUACCAUUGUCAUCUUAUGAAGUUUUGUCUUUUCCAAAAAGCUGUUAUUUACUAUAUAUUUAUAGUUCUCUUUUUAUAAACCUAGUCUAGUCAUUAAAUCAAGAAGUCACAAGAACCUAGUAUUUAAAUGAGGAAGAUUUUCUUUCACAUUCUAUCUGGGUUAGGUGUUCUUUUUUCUGUGUUUAUCAUUUUGGGGUAGUUUCUCAAACCAAGAUACCAGUUUAUCAUUAUCAGUUGUUUUUUAAUAAACUUGUUAAAUGUUUAAUUUUAUUGAACUACUGAAAAUGAACAUUCCAUAAUUUACCAUCUAAUAAAUCAGAACUUACAAAUAUAUAAUUUAAAUGUCCUAGCCAUUUAAUUAUCGAUGUUUAAAAAAUUCCCAGCCCCAUGAGAAUCAGUAAAUGCUACCUUUCAUACCUUGGUCGGUCCAAGCCUCACUGCACUUUAAUUUGCCUGCUCAGUCAUACCAUAUUCUGCUCUUUAGACCCACAGUGCCUCUUUCUAACUGCCUUUACCUGUGAUACAUGGUUGAGCCUGUGAUACAUGUUUGAGCCAUUUCUGCAUGAAUUCACUCUUUCCCCUCUCUCUCUAGUCUCUCUAUACAUACAUAUUCUCUACAUAUGUUUUUAUGUCUAGUUUGGGAGACAGGAUAUGUUGUUUUUCAUCAAAUUCACAAAUGGGUCCUUAACUCAAGAGUGCUACUCUCAAGAGAAAAGCUGCUACUCUCAAGAGAAA